AUGUCCCGCAACAGCAGACUCGCCCCGGAGGCCAACCGGAUCCUCUUCGUCAAAAACUUGGCCUACAAUAUCGACUCGCCGGCCCUGUUUGACCUCUUCGGCAAGUUCGGUCCUGUUCGACAGAUCCGAGUGGGGACGACGAACAAUACAAAGGGAACGGCAUACGUCGUCUACGAAGAUGUCCUAGACGCAAAGCAAGCAUGCGACAAGCUGAAUGGCUUCAACUUCAUGAACCGUUAUCUUGUUGUACUAUACCACCAACCGGAAAAGAUGAAGACAGAGGUCAAGGAAGACAUUGCCGCUCGACAAGAAAACCUCGAGAGGAUCAAGAAAGAGCAUGGAAUUGAAUGA